UGAAUAUAAUUUUAUAGUUUUGUCUAGAGAAUUAGAGACUAAAGCUCAUGAUACAAUAUCAUGUCUCACACUCCAGUUAAUUUAUAAUAUAAAUAGCAAAACUCAAUUAGGUGUACCGUGUAUGGUAGAGUAGCGUAACGUACGCCAGACAUACAAGUAGUUCAUCUUCCCAAGCAGAAGUCGGUUCCCUUUUGUCAUGUUAUGAGAAUCUGUUGCUCUGUGUUUCAGGAGUUUUGUCCAGGGUUUUAUCUCUGCAAAGGAUAGAGGUUUAGCCACACAGUGGUGGUUGUGUGUGUUUUGGUUUUGCAGGAUUAGUGGUAUAUUCGGUGGAGGCUUUACAUGCUUUUGUGUUGAACUGGGCCAGAUUUACAAGGGUUUGCUGCUCUCUUUCAAUUUUCAGCAUGGUUAGUUGAUAAUUUUGAGCCUUUUAAGGGGAAGAAAUUAUGAUAUUGCCAUGCUGUUCAGGUAUCAUAGGGCAGCCCAUAUCGUGGCAGGAAAGCCCUAUUUUGUCAAACCUGCAAAGGUCUUUUUAUUUUUUAUUUGUGAUUUGACCUGCAAAGGUCAUGUAUAUUAUUAUAUACUUCGUAUCUGUUGUUCCCUUUGAAAAUAAAAAAAAAAUUGAAUUGUCACAUAUUUGAAUAAAAUAAAAUACCAUCUAUAUCUUUGUUCUCUUGAUUUUUAUUAAAUUCUAUUCCAACUCAGUCAGGUUCUGAUUUCUGAACCACUCGAUCCAUAGCCAUAUUCUCCCACCGCUAAAAACGCCCGGAGAAAGAAAAAAAAAAGGGGCAAAACUGCAAAAGCGAGAAAAAUAGCAUUUGAGAGGUGGUUGUUGCGUAGAUUCCAUCAAUGGAGAAUCAGCAGCACGAAGUAAACGUUCCCGCCCAAAAUCGCUUCUCCGUAUUGAACUGCAUCGAUCUCUCCAGCCCCGAUACUCAAACUUCCGUUUCGUUACUCAAAAAGGCGUGCUUGGAUUGUGGAUUCUUUUACGUGGUUAAUCAUGGGAUAAGCCAAGAAUUUAUGGCGGAGGUGUUUGCUCAGAGCAAGAAGUUAUUCGAGUUGCCGGCGAAGGAAAAAAUGAAGGUUUUGAGGAACGAGAAGAAUCGAGGAUACACUCCGGAGCUGGACGAGCUAUUGGAUCCUGAGAAUCAAGUUCAUGGAGACUAUAAGGAAGGGUACUACAUUGGAAUAGAAGUUCCAGAAGAUGAUCCCGAAGCAGAGAAACCCUUCUACGGGCCUAAUGUUUGGCCAUCAUCAGACCUUUUGCCGGGUUGGAGAGAAACAAUGGAGAAGUUCCAUCAGCAAGCUCUUGAGGUAGCAAGAGUAGUUGCGAGAAUCAUAGCUCUUGCACUUGAUCUUGAAGCUGAUUUCUUUGAUAAACCGGAGAUGCUUGAGCAACCUAUUGCUAUAAUGCGACUGCUGCGUUAUGGAGGUCAGGUGUCUGAUCCAGCAAAGGGCUUAUAUGGAGCUGGUGCUCAUUCGGACUAUGGUUUUAUUACCCUCCUAGCCACAGAUGACGUCUAUGGCCUCCAAAUAUGCAAUGAUAAGGAUGCUCAACCUCGAGUAUGGGAGUAUGUAGCCCCAAUGCAAGGAGCGUUCAUAGUAAAUCUUGGAGACAUGCUGGAGCGGUGGAGCAACUGUAUCUUCAAGUCCACAUUACAUAGAGUUCUAGGAAAUGGUCAAGAGAGAUAUUCCAUUGCAUACUUUGCUGAUCCAAGUCACGAUUGCCUUGUUGAAUGCUUGCCAACGUGUAAAUCAGGGGAAAAUCCUCCCAAGUUUCCACCAAUUAAAUGUAGCACGUACAUGAGCCAGCGGUACAAGGAGACUCAUGCCGAUUUGAGUAUUUACGACCAGAAGGAACAUAGUUAGAGCUUUCUGUCCAAUGAUCGAGCUCAGUUUGCGGAAGAAUAUGAUGAAGACGAGAGUUUGCAGCCUGUAGGUGGCAAGGUUAGGCCUCACUUGCAGUAGAGCUCAUGGCCUCAGAUGGUGGUUUUUAAUUGCUGUACAAAAAUAGAUAUCUAGCGUAUGAUGGUUGUUACUACUAGUUCAAAUGCAUGUAUCUAAGCUACAGACUCUUCUCAUUCACCUAAGUCUAGCUAUGACCUAAAGCAGGUUCAAGAUGGUCACAGAGAAUAACCAAACCUGAACCAAUCCAAAAGGACAUCACAUGUCCAAAUUGACCUUUUUUGAGUGAAAGAACAAAUAUCAGAAGAGCUCCAUUGGCCUACACUUUUAACCUUUCUCCAAAAAAUGGCCAUGGAGGCACCAAACUCCAAAUGAACCCUGUUCACCCCUCUAUAUGCUGAAACAGACUCCAUCCCACUCAAAUCAGAGUAAAUCAUCUCCCCGUCA